CGCGCUCGCAGCGCCGGAGCCGCCGGAAACCCAGCGCUGCUGCUGCUCCUGCUCCUGCUGCUCCCAGCGAAGUUGGUGCGGAGCGAGAGCCGCGGGGCCCGGCCCGGCUCGGCUCGGCUCGGCUCGGCUCGGCAUGUCCGCCCGCCCGGAGCCGCGCCGGCGACGGCGGAGCCCCUGAGCGGCAGCGGCGAGGAGCGCCCGGCAGGACUGGCCCGGCUCGCCAUGGAGCAAGAUACAAAGGAGGAUGUCGCUGAGAAACCAAAACCUGCUCCAACCGCAGAGAAAUUUGGCUGGAUUAAGAAAAGCAGUGGGGGACUCUUGGGAUUGUGGAAGGAUCGUUACAUCCAGCUACGCAAAACACAGCUAGUGGUCUACGAAGAUGAGGAUGAACAGAAAUGCAUAGAAACAGUGGAACUGGAGAGUUACGACAAGUGCCAGGAGCUGCGUGCACUACUGAAAAAGAAAAACCGUUUCAUUUUAAUCCGCUCCCCGGGUAAGAAGGUUCAUGAUAUCAAAUUUCAAGCUCCAACUUCGGAAGAAAAGGAAUCAUGGAUAAAAGCUCUUAAUGAAGGGAUCAAUAGAGGCAAAAACAAAAUAUUUGAUGAGGUGAAAGUAGACGAGAGCCUUUCCUUGGACCACGUGACUCGGGACAGAGUGAGAAUGACCCAAGGACGCAGGCCACCCACGAGAAGCCACCUCAAGGAGGCUGCCAAGUUGAAAUCAGAUGGUAUCCUCAGACUGGAUCUGGAUAUAGUGGACAACGGACCACCGAACUUCGACUCUACUAUCAGUGAAAGUGACAAUUCCCAACCUCAGAAGGAAACUCCAAAGCCACCUAUGCCACCUACAAAACCCACCGGCACAAAAGAAAAACAAGAUGCAGAAGAUAACACUGCUGAUCAGGAACAUAAAAAACCUUUGUCCCCUCCAUUGCCCCCAGAUAAGAAGCUUAAGGAAAGUAUAGUAUCAAAGGACAGUGUAAAUGCCAUGGAAGAGGAUCCUGUAAGCAGAGAGGAGAAUGUGGAAGGAUCCAAAGCACCGAAUGAGGAGAACAGAGAGACCCUCACAGAGGUCAGCAACAAGAGCAUAGUAAAAGCUCCAAUUCUUAUUCCUAAGGGCAUGCCAGACAAGUUAAAAGUAACUUGGGACCAACCAGACCUUGAGCCUAAAAACACAGAAGAUUUGAAAUCAUCAGGAGAUGGUAGCAAAGAGAAUCUUGUGGAGAUUGCCACAGUAGAUGUUACAAAACCCCUUGUUCCUCCUAAGGUUCUGUCAGAAAAAUUUCUAGCCACUGUAAAUUCCAGCCAAGGUGACCCGGAAGCUGAGGAUUUGGAAGAACUGGAGUCUCACAGUUCCAGUCCCCCUGUGAAUGGGAUCAAAGACAGUGAAGUAGCAGAGUCCACAUUCCCAAAAGCUGAAACUGAAGAAGGAAAUGAGAGAACCUCUGAAGAGAAGGAACAGCAAACAUUAGCAGAACAGAGAGAGACUUCCUUAGCUACAGAAAUAGGCCAUGAGAGUUUAAAAGUGACUAUUGAGAAGAAAACAUCUGUAGAAAGCACUUCAGCUCUCAAACUUCGCAGUUCUUCUCUGGGAGACUUGCUGUCUGAUUCCAAAACUACACAGAAUGCACUUACAGGCCAAGGUUUCCCCAGGGUUUCCCAUCACUGCAUAGCUAAAAUGGAGGAGAAGGUUGCUAAUGAAAGGGAAAAGACAGAAAAACUUCUGCAGAAAGUUUUACGUGGAGGGUUGGAACAGGCCCAGGAGGGGAACGGACCCCCAGUGAUGGCAGAAACAUUACUCAAUGAGGCAGUAGAACAACUUCGGCAAGCUACGCAAGUCUUACAAGAAAUUAAAGAUUUUGGAGAACUGAAAAAAGAAGCAACAGAGAAACAGAAAGGAAAGCAAAAGUCUCUAGUGACUCUUUAUAGGAGAAGUGCUCCCUGACACGUUCUUCAAAGAGAUUUCUUCCUUAAAAUCAGAGCUAAACAUUUGCCAUUUAUGAUUUGUACCUUUGUGAGGCCAGUUUUAAAAGGUGGUGUUUUGCUGUGCACACACCAUGUUUUGGGGACAGAAUUGAGCUUUCAGUUAUAGCAUCUUUCUCUCUUUCUUCAUCCUAGCCCAGUUCUAAUCCUCUUAGCACAGUAGAAGGUUACAGGACAUUGAGCAGUUAUGAAAAUGUGAAUGUUCUUUAAGGACUUGGUCCAAAGUCUUUUCAUGCCAAUGGAUCAGGACUUAAAAAUCACUGGUAAUUUAACUGAGUUAGAUUUUUGAAAGGAGCAGAAAAUGGCUAUUUUAGCAAAAGCCCUUAUUUAUCUGUAUUUACAGAUAUGCCAAUACCCAGAUUACACUAGCAUCCCUAUAGUUUUGCCAGUUAAAUCAUUAAAGGAGAAACAUAGUCGGAGAAAAUUUUGCUAGUUUGUUCGCUUGCUGGCAAGGUUUCCUGCACCACCUGGAGCAGUGGCAUCUGGGAAUGUAAAGAUAAAUGGUUUAAUCUUCUCCAAAGCUACUCACAAAACCACAUCCACAGUUAAAAAGUGACCUCACACAGAGGCAAACAACACUGGCCAGCUCCUGACUGCAAGCAGCGUUAACAGAUCUAGAGCAGCUGUACAAAGACACUUAUCUGAUUCUGGCUGUGCAGAGCUCUAGGUGUUCGCUAAGCACUGUGUAAGUGAACGAAAGUCUCAGUGCAUCAUUGCCAGGCAAGUAUUAAUUGUUUCCAUUUCAUUAAAAGGGAACAGAGGCAAAGAUGCAGAGCAGGUUACAUUUAGCCUCAGGGGUAGUACGUUAUAGCAGUGCAACACAUCUGCUUUUAAAGAACAUAACUAUCUGAUGAGUUCCCUCGUUAGCCAGCUGUUUGGAGAGCCUGUGUCCAGGAGAUCCCAGGGAUCUUCCUAGGAGAGCCUGCCAUUAAGAAGCUCGUUCUUUAAGGAUGCUUGUUGCUUAGCUGUAGGCUCUCUCUCUGCAUUGCCUUGGGAUGUUAACUGACAGGAGCGUGCAUAUCAGUCAGGAAGGCUGGACAAAAUCCACCCUUCUGUUAUUUUAAGAGUUUUCUACCUGCUGUGUCCUGGCUAGCUUGAGAGCCGUGGUUUGGCACAGACAUCUGUAAUUUGAACAACUGUUUAAAUGCUGAGUACAUGGAAGGAAAGGCAUUUUGCACACGCAGUUUUGGGGCUGGGCCCGGUGGCUCAAGUGCAUUGAAAUAAAAAGGCAUUCACUAUGCAAGGGUCUGAGAAGGAACUGCAAAAGGCUCUGGCAUAAUUCCCACAGCUCUUUGCCUACCUGCUGAAAGCAGGCACAGUUCCCUUGGUAUCAAGCGAUGAUAAAAUCCUGUCUUUGCACUCCUGCUGUAUAGCCCUGUGCCUGAGCUGGUUCCCCUGCCCCAUUCUUAACAGCAUUUGCUCUGAGGAGAGGCAUACGACAUCCUCAAGGGGACUUGAGAUUCAGGGAGUACAGAAAAGGCUGAUCUUUCCAGCCUGGUUUUAAGGAGUGACACUUUAUCUAUGCUCUUUCCUCUCAUUUGCCAGAACUGCACUCUUAGCUGACCAGAUAGUUUUUCUUCUGUUCUUCUUUUCAUGAUUUUGCAGGUUCCACAAGGCUGCUGGGGGCUGCAUACACCUCCCAUAGCAGCAGCUCAGUAAAGCUUCAUCUGAGCCUCGCUGAGACUAGGUAAUGGGCACUUCAGUUCUGAGCACAGCAGUGUUGUCUUGGUGCUUGCAGAUGUUCUUGGUUUGCACCACCCAGAGCCAUCAAGACAGGUAGUUACUAGAACUGAUGCUUCCACUUCUUUUGAUUAGAACAGCCUGGAUUUCAGUGGUCUGUCCUCCUCAAGCCAGCCAUAGAUACUGCAUGGAAAAUCACUUGUUGUUCUCUCACAUGGAAAGUUCUGUGCAGCCAAACACUCAGAGCUCAGGUGCCAAAAAGCUUUGCUUUGGAGACAAAAAGAUUCCUAAGUCCUGAGCCACUCCCAGGCAUGUAGCCCAAGAGCAAACUCUGGAUAUGUGCAAUUUGCUGCUAUAGAUUCAAUGUGAACCAAGGGUCUUGCUCAGGUUUCAGAUAUAUUUUAGGGCGAGGGCUAAUUAAAAAGAGACAACAUUCAGUGCCUAUCUGCUAUCUAAAUAUAUUUUUCUGGAUAAGCACUUUACCGAAUGCUGUGUGAUAUGAACGUGAGUUGUCAGAACCUGGUGUGCACUGGAAGUUUAGGGACAUCAGCUUCAAAGAGCAGGCGAGCUUUUGCAAGACAUAGUUGUAUAACAAGAGAUAAACUAGAUUGGGAAAAACAGGUCAUGCCAAUAGGAAGACACACAAACCAGGGCAAAUCCCAGGUACAAGUUCAUAUCUCAAAGUUGAAGCCAAUCCUAAACUUGAGGACGGUCAAAUCAAAGCCUGGAACUGAAAAUCCUUGCGAAUGGAAAUAGCUCAUGGGAUAACUUAGUCCCAUAAUGUACACAGACACCUCUGCUCUCAGAGGUGUUUUUUCAUGGCAGUGUGUUCUGUCGAUAUUUAUCUGGCAAAUGAAAACACUGAAACAUCCCUAUCUGUUACAGCCAAAACUACAGGAUGCACUUAUAUUUACUGUAUAUUUUUAUAUAAUAUUGAAUAUCCUAAUGAAAAAUGAAAGAGUACCUGACAUUUUACUGAAUACCCCUCAGUAGGAAUCUUAACAGAAAAAAAUAUAUAUAUACCUAUAAGGAAAUGGGUAAGUUAAAUCAUUUUACACGCUACAGCUAAAUACUGUAUUUGCUGUACUAACAGAACCUACCAGAUUGUAUUAUGUCUUGUAAAUAAGUAUAACUUAAAUGGAAUUGCCAUAGCACCCAGUAACUGAACUGCUGAAAACGUUACGUUAGAGACUCUGUUUUCAUUUUUUUUCCCUAAUAAGGUUAGCAGCUUCAUCCUAAAAUAUCUAGCCCAGCUGUAAGCCUGAUUCACCUGGACUUUACAGGAAACAAUGCACUGUGUUCCUUCUGCAGUUUUCCCCCUUAUUAUUCUCAUUUUGGUCAUGAGCCAGUCUCUGCCUAUGGCACGAAGGUGGGUUAUUCUGUGACUGCCUUCUAGAGUUUCUUAUGUGCUGUGCUGAAACAGCAGUGCUGGCUGCAGUCAGAGAUGGGAUUCUGGUCUAGAAAGCCUUUGCUCUGACCUCAUACAGCAACUCCAUCUUCAGUGUACAUCCUGCCACCAUGCACUUUUUUCCCCUUCCCUUUUAACUUACUCAUCUAAUUCCUGGAUGCACUAAGGCUGCUUUCUUGUGCCUAAAAUCCCUCUGGGCAUGGAAAGAUGGCGUGUAAUUCUGUGUUUCAGGCUAUGCCACCAGGUUAUACAUUUGUGACAGGAAGGAAGUGAGCUUGCAAGCAAGCAAACGUGGCCAACGAUCUGAAAAGCAGCUGCUGUGACCGUGGAAAGGCAGCACUUUGUCUCCUGCUUGUAAAGAGCUUUAAGAUUUGGCAAUAAACCCCCCUUUUAAACAUCA